AUGGGAUACGUGCCCCCGCACCUGCGAGGCGGCGGCGACGCGAACGCGAACGCGAGCGCGGGCGACGGGCGAGACCACGGACGCGGGAGUGGGCAUCGGGACGACCGAGGGCCGCCGCCGGGUCGACGGCUCGACGACCGCGACGCCGCGCGCGGCGAUGGACGCGGCGGUGGGGCGGCACGCGGUGGGGCGCACGCGCCGGUGUUCGCGGCGUGGCGACCGAGCGCCCGGGCGGAGGCGCUCACGACGGCGCAGGCGACGGAGAUUCGCGAACGCUUGGGGGUGACCGUGGACGUCGAGGACGGCGAGCCGGAGGCGCCGAGCGCGAUCGAAUCUUUCGAGGACAUGGAGUUGAAGAGGGAUAUUCUGGCGGACAUUAAGUUCAGAGAGUACGAUAAGCCGUCGCCGAUUCAGGCGCAGGCGAUUCCGGUGAUCCUGAGCGGUCGGGACGUCUUGGGGUGCGCGGAGACGGGGAGCGGUAAGACGGCGGCGUUUUCGAUUCCGAUGAUUCAACACGCGCUGAAUCAAGCGCCGCUGAGGCAAGGGGACGGGCCGUUCGCGAUCGUGAUGGCGCCGACGCGGGAGUUGGCGCAGCAAAUCGAGACGGAGGCGAAGACGUUCACGCGAAGCUCCAAGGGGUUUAGAACGGCCAUUAUCGUCGGUGGGACGAACAUGAGCGAGCAACGAAGCAUGUUGCGAGGCGGAGUGCAGAUCGUCGUCGCCACCCCGGGUCGCUUGAUCGAUCACUUGCAGCAAGGGAAUACAAACCUAGCCCGAGUGUCCUUUGUCGUCCUCGACGAAGCCGAUCGCAUGCUCGACAUGGGUUUCGAGCCGCAGAUCCGCGAGGUACUGAUGAACUUGCCCAAGCCGCAUCAAACGCUUCUAUUCUCGGCGACGAUGCCAGUCGAAGUCGAGGCUUUGGCCGCUGACUACCUGAAUAAGCCUGUCAAGGUGAAGGUGGGCCAAACGAGCGCUCCCACGGCAAACGUGUCCCAGCAACUCGAAAAGGUUGUGGACGCCGAAAAGGUGGAUAGACUCGUCACCAUGCUGAUAAGUGAGCAGCGCGAGGCGCAGAAGCUCGGCCACAGCAUGCCCAUGACUGUGGUGUUCGUUGAGCGUAAGCACCGCGCUGACGAGAUCGCCGAGCUCCUGAACGCGGAGAAUGUGUCCGCCGCUGCGCUUCACGGCGGUCGCUCGCAGGGUGAGCGUGAGGCGGCACUUCACGAUUACAAAACGGGUCGAUGCUCCGUGCUCGUCGCCACCGAUGUUGCCGCUCGCGGUUUGGAUGUGAAGGGCGUCGCCCACGUCGUCAACCUCGAUUUACCGCGUAACUUUGAAGACUACGUCCACCGCAUCGGUCGUACCGGUCGCGCCGGUAUGUCUGGGCGAUCGACAUCCUUCUACACCGACCGUGACUCGUUCAUCGUGGCUCAAAUCAAGCGCGCGCUGAUGGAGCUCGAGGCUGGCAACGCUUUCGCCUUUGCCACCGGUCGCGAGGCUCGCGCCAAGGAACGCGAGGAGGCCAGGGCCUGGCGCGAGGGCAAGCAGCACGAGGCUGCCGUCGUCGAGACCGAGGGCGGGGUCACCAUCACCGUCGAGGACAAGUUCAAGCACAUGAUGGUAAGCGCGCCCGUCGCCGCACCGGGCGCCGCCGCGCCCGCCGCCGGCGUCGCCGACGACGCCUGGGGCGAUGGAUCCGACGACGACGCCUGGUAA